GCCAGCAGUGGGGCAUUUCCUCCAGUGUCGGGUUUCUCCAGCGCACUGGCAUUUAAAUCUGCUGCAGUGGGAAGCCUUUGGACGUCUGUCAUCGUGAGUGAAUCUGCUCUGCUGGAGAAUUUCGCGCUCGUUUUCUUUUCUCUUUCAAAUUUCCAACAGUGUAUCGCUGAAUGAUACAUUGUUGCGUUUAGCGGCGCGCGCUUUUAUUCCAACAAAGCCUGAAUGAAAAUCUGCCUGUUUGGCCAUGUUUUUGACCAUGACAUAUACGCAGAAUAUUAUGUAAUGCAUUAUAUUUUGUAAUUAUGGUCUAGUCUUGUGAGCAUUUUGUGUCGUGAGUGGCCUAGAGACAAGGGAACCUUUUCAAUGGACUAUUAAAUACAUCUACGUCAGAAAAAAAAUCCAUUCAUUUGAAUACGGCUCGUUGGUGCAUAAAUAAUUAUCCAAGAUAAACAGAAAUAAUCGUGUAAGGUUGCCUAUACUCGAGUUGCAUCAUGUUCAGCUGGUUGGGAACCGAUGACAGGAGAAAGAAAGAUCCAGAAGUCUUCCAGACUGUCAGUGAAGGACUGAAGAAGCUCUACAAAACCAAACUGCUUCCACUGGAGGAGCACUACAAAUUCCAUGAGUUUCACUCACCCGCUUUGGAGGAUGCAGAUUUUGACAAUAAACCCAUGGUUCUCCUGGUGGGACAGUAUUCCACUGGCAAAACCAGCUUUAUAAGAUAUCUCCUGGAGCAGGACUUCCCUGGUAUGCGGAUUGGUCCAGAACCCACAACUGAUUCCUUCAUAGCAGUGAUGCAUGGCAACAUGGAGGGACUAAUACCAGGAAACGCACUGGUUGUGGAUCCCAAAAAACCCUUUCGGAAGCUCAACGCCUUUGGCAAUGCCUUCCUUAACAGGUUUGUGUGUGCCCAGCUGCCCAAUCCUGUUCUGGAGAGCAUCAGUGUGAUUGACACUCCAGGAAUCCUGAGCGGAGAGAAACAAAGGAUCAGCAGAGGCUAUGACUUCGCUGCGGUGUUGGAGUGGUUCGCCGAACGCGUGGACCGCAUCAUCCUGCUGUUUGAUGCCCACAAGCUGGACAUCUCGGACGAGUUCUCGGAGGUGAUCAAGGCCCUCAAGAACCACGAGGAUAAGAUCCGUGUGGUGCUCAACAAGGCCGACCAGAUCGAGACGCAGCAGUUGAUGCGCGUCUACGGCGCCCUCAUGUGGUCGCUGGGGAAGAUAGUCAACACACCUGAGGUGAUUCGUGUCUACAUAGGCUCCUUUUGGUCACAUCCAUUGCUGAUUCCAGACAAUCGCAAGCUGUUUGAAGCUGAAGAGCAAGAUCUGUUCAAGGAUAUCCAGUCGCUGCCCCGCAACGCCGCUCUUCGCAAGCUCAACGAUCUGAUCAAGAGAGCUCGUCUUGCUAAGGUCCAUGCAUACAUAAUUAGCUCCUUGAAGAAAGAAAUGCCUUCAGUCUUUGGGAAGGACAACAAAAAGAAGGAGCUGAUUAACAGCUUGGGCGAGAUCUACAGCCGCAUUGAGAGGGAACACCAGAUUUCCCCGGGAGACUUCCCUAAUCUUAAGAAAAUGCAGGAACAGCUUCAGGCACAUGAUCUGAACAAGUUCCAGCCUCUGAAAAUGAAGCUAUUGGACACCGUAGAUGACAUGCUGGCCCACGACAUCGCCCAGCUUAUGGUUCUGGUGCGCCAAGAGGAGACGCAGCGGCCCAAUCAGGUGGUGAAGGGCGGUGCCUUCGAGGGCACCAUGAACGGACCGUUCGGACACGGAUAUGGCGAGGGAGCCGGCGAGGGCAUCGAUGAAGUCGAAUGGGUGGUAGCACGUGACAAACCCAUGUAUGAUGAAAUCUUCUACACUCUCUCGCCCGUCAAUGGCAAAGUGACUGGAGCCAAUGCCAAGAGGGAGAUGGUGAAGUCCAAGCUGCCAAACACUGUGCUGGGUAAGAUCUGGAAGCUGGCUGACAUUGAUAAAGAUGGGAUGCUCGAUGAUGAGGAGUUUGCCUUGGCCAACCAUUUGAUCAAGGUCAAACUAGAAGGUCACGAGCUUCCAAGCGAACUGCCUGCUCAUCUUUUGCCGCCAUCCAAGAGAAAAGUUACAGAGUAAGAUUGAUGGAAUCAGAAUGGAUUUUGGAAAAGCAAAUAGUGCGAAUUUAGGUUGCAGUUGAAUUAUUGAUGGCUGGACAACUAUUAUUAUAGAAAAAAACAGACUCCUUUGAAAUGUGUGGUUUAUGCUUCACUAGCAAGAAUGGAUUCGAAAAUGAUCCACCUUUUUUUGACCUGUGUAUGUUUUUUUUUGUUUUUUUUUGUUUUUUUAUGAACAAGUCAACAAGUCAUACUGUCUGCAGUGUUUAAAAUCAUUUUAUGUGUGCUUUCAGAUUUUACAGUCAUAUACACUCUAACACUGUGUCCUAACCAGACGUGUUGCGAUAAAAGAUAUUAUAUGUAAAACAGCACGUUUUGCCAAUCAUUUGGUUCCAUUUCUGCUGCAGUGCGUGCUAGCUUCGCUCACAGUGAAAUCUCAUUGGUCACACUUCACGUAACUACAUUCUUCUGAUUGGUUGUCAUUGUGUCAUGUUGCAUAGCUGUUUUGCAUUCAGUCGCAUUGCACCUGGUUAGGAUGUGCUAAGAUGCUUUAUCAGUAUAUUUCACUUUCACAUGCAAUUUACACUAUUGUUCAAAAGUUUGGGGUCAAUCAUUUGUUUUUGAAAGUAUAUUAUGCUCACCAUAAAUAUAGUAAAAAAAUACUGUGAAAUAUAAUUGAUUUCUGUGAUGGCAAAGCUGAAUUUUCAGCAUCAUUACUCCAGUCUUUAGUGUCACAUGAUCCUUCAGAAAUCAUUCUAAUAUGCUGAUUUGCUGCUCAAGAAACAUUUCUUAUUAUUAUCAAUGUUGAAAACAGCUGAACUGCAUAAUAUUUUGGGGGAAAGCGAAAUACAUAUUUCAGGAUUCUUUGAAAAACAAAGUUCAGAAGAACAGCAUUAUUUAAAAUUGAAACCUUUUGUGACAUUAUAAAUGUAUUUACUGUCACUUUUAAUCGAUUUAAAGCGUCCUUGCUGAAUAAAAGUAAUUUCUUUAAAAACUGACCUCAAAUUUUUGAACUUUCAGUGUAUAUCAGACUGAUCUGUGUCUCAAGUGGGGUGUGAGACAUCAAUUACUGCAGACAAACGUGAAUUAUAUUCUGAAUCUUUGUAUCAGUUGUUGUUUUGCGUGCACAACUGGUAAAAUCUAAUGAGAAAAGCAAAAUUCCUUUUAUAACUAGGUGUAAUUGUUAUUCUCUUCUUAAGGCGGCAUCUUAAUGAAUGCGAGUCCUUUCUAGCCUGACCAAGAGACUGUUAAAACUGUAUAGUCGUCAUGUCAGAAGACUCAAUGUUUAGUGUUUUGAUGGACCCGUAGAGCUAGUAUCCUUGUCAAUAGUAUACUGUAUAUGUUAAUGCUUAACAUAUCUAAACUAACUUGGGUUAUAGGAGUGUUUAUAUAAUUCCGGUCUGAUUUCCAAAGGGAAAAAAAAUGACGCUGCAAAACAGCUGUUACACUUUAUUCAAAUGAUGUGAAACUUCUCUUGCUGAGCGUUUCUACAUUCAUAUGCUCAUUGAAAGAGCAGCGGCUUUGGAUCUAAAUAUGUAUCAAGUCUUAUUACUUAAUUAUAUCAGCAUUUAAUGAUUUAAUGAACUCUUUACCUCUCUAUCCACCCCUUGGAAGCAGUUUAUCUUGAGCUGUCACAUUUUCUCAUGCAGAUUUUUAGGAUCUGAAGGUGAAUUGAUAGGGUUUUAUGCACUGAACUAAAUGGUCUUCAAAGGGAUAGCUCACCCAGAAAAUGACAAUUAUGUCAUUAUUUACUUGUGUAAUUUAAAUACUGUGGAUGACAACAAAAGGCGAUGUUUUGCAUGUCAUGAAAGUAGUUUGAUAAAACUUAUACACUAUAUUCCAUGUCUUCUUAAGCCACAAUUUGAGUCAAAUUGAAGUGAUUAUUUACUGAAAAUUGCCAUAUGUACGUAAUGUAAUUUGGCAUGUCAUGAUCAGUUAUGAGACACACUGACGUUUGGCAUCACUGACAUUAAAGGGAUAGUCCUCCCAGAAAUUCUGUCAUCAUUUACUCGCCCUCAUGUCGUUUCACACCUCUAUGACUUACUUUCUUCUGUGGAACAUAGAAGAAGAUAUUUUGAAGAAUGUUGGUAAAUAAGUAGUUUUGGUUUAUUUACAGAUUAACAGAUGGAUAUUAUGGAUAAAAAUACAAUGCAAGUCAAUGGGAACCAAAACUGUUUGGUUAUCAACAUUCUUCAAAAUAUAGUUUUGUGGGUUCAGCAGAAGAAAGAAAUUCAUACAGGUUGUAAAUUACAGAAUUUUCACUUUUUUUUGGUGGACUACACCUUUUUAAUUGAAGACAAAAAUCAUACACAUUUUAAUGUACAUGACUCAAUAUUUUUAUUUUGUGUACUAUUCCUUUAAAUCUGAUUUGAUUUGAUUUGAAUGCCCAGUUGCUUAUUUGAAAUAUUUCCACUGAUCCAAACUAAACCUCUAAAGCCCAUUUAGUUUGAUGAAUUAAACCUGUAAUCUGCCUCGGUGCCUUGAGACACACCCGCCUCAAUCAGAUUUGUGACACUAGAGAUGUAUAAAGCACAUUGUCGUAUUCUACAAUACCAUUACACGCUAAUAAAAUAAACUGACAUUCUUCAAAGACUUUCAUUAAUGCUCCAUUUACAGUUUGAUGUGAGUCUCAAAUGAAAAAAUUCCAGAAGUUUUGCACAUCAGAUUUUUUUGGGCCAUAAUGUAGGGUUGUGUAUUUGUGUGUUUGACCAAGUAUGUACAUGUGUAUGGGUGCAAUAUGGUUUGCAGAUGUAUUGUGAAGUAGUUUGUGUACGUGUGCUUACGCGAAGCACAGAUGCUCUGUUGCUCAUUGUGUUUUAACCAGUGCGGACAAACUAUGUGAGACACUACUGUUCAGGGAGGUGGACAUUAUUCAACUAAAUAAAGAUAUAACUAAUUUAAAGGUC